AUGUCUUCUCACAAGACUUUCAGGAUCAAGCAAUUCCUGGCUAAGAAACAAAAGCAGAAUCAUCCCAUUCCCCAGUGGAUUCAGAUGAAAACUGGUAAUAAAAUCAGAUAUAACUCCAAGAGGAGACGUUGGAGAAGAAUCAAGCUGGCUCUAUAA